AUGCCCCGAGGAUUCGGAGGACGUGGCGGUGGUGACCGCGGUGGUGGCAGCCGCGGCUUUGGGGGCCCCCGUGGGGGCCGCGGUGGCGGCGGCUUCGGCGGUGGUCGAGGUGGCGGCCGUGGCGGUCACAUGUCGGAGCCUGACCCGCCGGAGAACGUGGAGGAGGUCGGCACCUUCAUGAACGCCGCAGAGGGCGAGUUAGUUUACAAGGUCACGGCGCGCGCUGUGGUGCCGCGCUUCAACGCGUUUGUGUACACCGAAAAUAAGGCGAAGGUCGGGAAAAUCGAGGAGAUUCUCGGCAACACAACAGAUGUCAUGUUUUCCGUGAAGCCAUCGCCUGGCGUGCAGGCGGCGUCCCUCAGCGAGGGCGAUAAAGUGUACAUUUCGCCUACGCAGUUUACACCUCUCCGUGUCUUCACCGACCCGCCGAAGCCGCGGGGUCGUGGUGGUCGCGGCGGCGACCGUGGUGGUCGUGGUGGUGGCCGCGGCGGCGAUCGUGGUGGUCGCGGCGGGUUCGGUGGUCGCGGCAGCUUCGGCGGCAUGGGUGGUGGUCGCGGCAGCUUCGGCGGCAUGGGUGGCGGGCGCGGCAGCUUCGGCGGCAUGGGUGGCGGGCGCGGCAGCUUCGGCGGCGGUGGCCGUGGAAGCUUUGGUGGUCGUGGCGGCGGCCGUGGUUUCGAUGGUCGCGGUCGCGGUCACUAG